UUGUGUCUUCCUGAAGAAUCAGCAUGGCUGACAAGAACGGGGCGCUCAAGUGCACCUUCUCUGCUCCAGGCCACAGCACGACCCUCCUGCAGGGGCUUGCCACCCUCCGAGCACAGGGCCAGCUCCUGGACGUCAUCCUCACCAUCAACAAUGAAGCAUUUCAAGUCCACAAGGUGGUCUUGGCUGCUUGCAGUGAUUAUUUCAGGGCCAUGUUCACGGGAGGGAUGAGAGAAGCCAGCCAGGACAUCAUCGAGCUGAAGGGCGUGUCCGCCAAAGGCCUGAAGCACAUCAUUGACUUUGCUUACAGCGCCGAGGUGACCCUGGAUCUGGACUGCAUCCAGGAUGUCCUGGGGGCUGCGGUUUUCCUCCAGAUGGUCCCAGUGGUGGAGCUCUGCGAGGAGUUCCUGAAGUCGGCCAUGAGCGUGGAAACGUGCCUCAACAUCGGCCAGAUGGCCACCACCUUCAGCCUGGCCUCCCUGAAGGAGUCGGUGGACGCCUUCACCUUCCGCCACUUCCUGCAGAUCUCGGAGGAGGAGGACUUCUUGCACCUGCCCCUGGAGCGUUUGGUCUUCUUCCUGCAGAGCAAUAAGUUGAAGAGCUGCAGCGAGAUCGACCUCUUCCGGGCCGCCAUCCGUUGGCUGCAGUAUGACCCCAUGCGCAGGCCUGGCGCUAGCCAGGUGCUCUGUCACAUCCGCUUCCCGCUCAUGAAGUCAUCCGAGCUGGUGGACAGCGUCCAGACCCUGGACAUCAUGGUGGAGGACGUGCUCUGCCGCCAGUACCUGCUCGAGGCCUUUAACUACCAGAUCCUGCCCUUCCGCCAGCAUGAGAUGCAGUCUCCGAGGACCACCAUCCGCUCGGACGUCCUCUCCCUCAUUACGUUUGGGGGCACGCCCUAUACGGACAACGACCGGACGGUCAGUGGCAAGGUCUACCACCUGCCUGACCCCAGCUCCCGCCAGUUCAAGGAGCUGACCGAGAUGGAGGUGGGCUGCAGCCACACGUGCGUGGCCGUACUGGACAAUUUUGUGUACGUGGUUGGGGGCCAGCACCUGCAGUAUCGGAGUGGUGAGGGGGCGGUGGACAUCUGCUACCGCUAUGACCCUCACCUGAACCAGUGGCUUCGGAUCCAGGCCAUGCAGGAGAGCCGGAUCCAGUUCCAGCUAAAUGUGCUGUGUGGGAUGAUGUACGCCACGGGUGGGCGGAACCGGGCGGGCAGCCUGGCCUCGGUGGAGAAGUACUGCCCCAAGAAGAAUGAGUGGUCUUACGUGUGCUCGCUGAAGCGGCGGACUUGGGGGCACGCCGGAGCUGCCGUUAGUGGCCGCUUGUACAUCUCUGGGGGCUACGGCAUUUCGGUGGAGGACAAGAAAGCUCUGCACUGCUAUGACCCUUCUGUGGAUCAGUGGGAGUUUAAGGCCCCCAUGAACGAGCCGAGGGUCCUGCACGCCAUGGUCAGCACGAGCAACCGCAUUUAUGCCCUCGGGGGCCGAAUGGACCACGUGGACCGCUGCUUCGAUGUGCUGGCUGUUGAGUACUAUGUCCCCGAGGCUGAUCAGUGGACCACGGUGAGCCCCAUGCGGGCCGGCCAGUCCGAAGCAGGCUGCUGCCUGCUGGAGAGGAAGAUCUACAUUGUUGGGGGCUACAACUGGCACUUGAAUAACGUGACGAGCAUCGUGCAGGUGUACAACACCGAGACGGAUGAGUGGGAGAGGGACAUGCACUUUCCUGAGUCCUUUGCGGGCAUUGCUUGUGCCCCAGUCCUCCUGCCCCAGAUCGGCUGGCAGAGAUAGCCCCGGGAGGCCCCAGGGCUGGCCGGCCUGGGUGCACAUUGCCAUCUGCACGGGCCUUCGUGCGAUGGCUGUGUUUGUCUCGUCUUUGUUUGCCAAUAGCUCGCUGUGCCAAAGGCCCCGGGAAAGCCAGGGCCCAGGUCAGGAGUGUU